GAUGGAGGCAACCCGCUGAGCUGCAAGGUGUUCGUGGGGCGCACCACAGAGGACAUCACCGCCGAGGACCUCAGGGAAUACUUCGAGAAGUUCGGGGAGGUCACGGACGUCUUCAUCCCCAAGCCCUUCAGGGCCUUCAGCUUUGUCACUUUCCUCGACCCAGAGAUCGCACAGCGGCUGUGUGGAGAGGACCACAUCAUCAAGGGCGUGUCCGUGAACAUCUCGAGCGCCACCCCCAAGGC